AUGAACUACGACGAUUCCAUGUUCGUACCGCCGUGGAGCGAGUGGUCGAACGAUUUCAUUAACGCCGAAAAAUGGGAUCAAUUCAACGAUGUACGUACACUUUGUAUAUUAUUAUGCGACCAUGUGUUGAUAUCGGUGUCGGGACGGAACGCGUCACUUUUUCAAAUAAAGGACCGGGAAACCGGGCAACUGUUCGUUACGAGGACCGCGAAUCAUCGUUUCUUUUUCUCACUCUCCGUCUUCAAUUUUCCGCACAUCGUACGACCGUGAAUAACGUGUACAUUAUCUACGAUCGCGAUUAUAAUACUGAAUAGUCCGUUGGAAUUAUUUAAAGUACUGCGGCGCCGUAGAAAGGGAGCGGGGACGUAUCGAAUUCGAAAGGGGUCUUUCUUCCUCUCAAAGUCCUGGGCCACCACUACUCAUUCAUAUAGCUAUUGUCGCAGUGACGUUUUUAACAAAGUUUCGAAUUGUACACAUAAUGCGUAUAUAAUGCGCAGAUUUAUGAUGAAAAGAGUUUAAGCUAAGGUGUUUACCGAGGAGCGAACGGGGUCGGCAGUGUGCAUUUGAUUUUUUCAGCAGUCAAAAACUGAAGCCUCCCCCUCUCCCCUCAGCCGAUAAAAAAUCCCGGAUAUGACACUAGCAAUAUUAUGUGUUUAAUAUUUACAAAACAAAUUAACUAGGUAGUUUAUUAUUAUUUUCAAAUAAAACAUAUGAAAAAAAAAAACUAGUUCCUGUUUUACAGUAGGACGAGAAACGGCAACGGAUUCAUUUUAUAAGAUUGACCGUUUCCCGACUCCGAAUUUAACAUUGUCGGAGAAGGGUGAAAGAACCGAAUAUCCUCUAGCGAUAAUAAUAAUAAUAUUACGAUGCAUUCCUAACUGUUCGGUACUUAGCAAACGGUGUUCAGACAUCCCUGCGGACACGAACGUCUGCCGCCGGGAAUAGCGGAACGCGUCAAAGUGUGGAGAAGACCGAACGAGAUAUUCGGCGUUGACGGGCUGGCCGUCCAACCGAAAGAAGACAAAAACGACGUCCACAAUUUGUUGGCCGUCAACGACGGACUAAUACACGUCAAAGUAAUUAGUAUUAUUUUACGAUUGGAGAGUUGAGUGUCCGAGUAUCCGGGGCUCGACGACAAGGGUGGGGGAGGGAAGUCGAUUUUUAAAUUGCGUAAAAGGCGCAGAUUUACGAUGCGAAUCGAGCCACAAGUUUGUUGAAGAACGAACGGGGGGAGGGGGUGGGGGUUGAGGAAAAACUAUCAUAAAUAAACGUGUUCACGUGCCCGUCAUCUCGACUGAUUUUCCGACCGGCGGUACUUGUUUCGUCGAAACGUUUGCCCGAAGAUUCGGACGAAGGGUCUUCUCUGAAAUCCGAACGAUGGAUACCGCGCAGCAUGACGCGAGGACAUGCCAUCGGUUUUCGGACGACAAAUUCCAAAGCGAAACGGAAACGGUCUCCUUGGGGACAGACCCCUUUGGACCUAAUCGUUGCCCCUCCACUCCCAACAAGUAUUUGAUGUGUUUAAUAUGUAUUUAAUGUUGGUUUUUUUUUUCUAAUGUCCCCCCUUAUAAUUUGGUUUGCCCUCCCCUGAUGAUUUGGUCUAGCUACGUGACUGCUCGGGGGUUUUACGAAUGUAAAAAUCGCGAAUAUUCAAAUGAUCGAUCGUGCGUAAUACCGACACUUUAACAUAAAUUAUAAACUAUAAUACUAAUGACAAUAAAAACUUUGUAAAAUUCAUAGAAUUUUUCACUGAACACCUAGGUAACGGUUUUUUAUUAAUUGUUAUUAUAUCACUAAUUACCCGAGUUAUUAAUACCGAUGCAUAAUUAUACCUAAUGAACUUAAUGACAUUAAGAUUAUGAUGACCGUCUUUAAAAUGUAUACUGUUCGGGAGAUCUUAUGCGCGAUUAAUGUCCGCGAGCCGUUUUCGAUCCGAGCCGACCCGAUAAAUUACUACACGGCGUUUUGAACGAUUACGAUUACGGUAGUUUUUUUUUUUUUUUAAUUUCUCCGUUCUCGAAUCGCUUUAAUAUCGGAAAAUUCUCGGCCCGAAUUCCGUGUAAUUGAUGCACUCGACGUAGAAAAUCGUUUUUCGAUACGUUAUCGCUGACGGAAAUCGCAAACGUUGCGGCAUUUUCGAAAAUACGUUUGACCGGACCCCGCUCGCAUUUCACAGCUCUCGCGAUAAUGUCGUGCGUGGUCCGCGGAAAACGGAUAAUAGUUCGUUCCUUUUUUUUUUUUUUUUCACUGACCUUUAAACCGUUUUCGUUUGACAAACGACGCAAUAAUCGCGAAUUAACUAUAUUGUUAACAACAUAUGCUUGUCCAAGGUCUAAAAUAGCGUGCCAAUACGAAAGUACAAAAAAUUGUGUCGAUUAUUUUAGAGUUGUGCUUAACUAAUAAAUUCGUAUAAUUUUCCGCACUUCUCUAUAGGAUCGCGUGCAACAAGGUCUUCGCUCUAUUCUCUACAGUAACAACAGAUUCUGUGAGUACAUGUGAAAAUAAACGCGUAAACGUUAAAUGAGUUUGAUCCUCGAUCGGAAAUCUUUAAUCGGUUGAACGGUAAAAAAAAAAAAAAAAACCAUUCGGAAAUGCAAAACCAAAAGUGGUAUCAAGGGGUUUUCGUUGCAGUCCUAGAAAAAUACGAUUUAUUCUGUAUAAAUUUAAUCGGACUUGAAAAAAUAAAUUUUUGAACAUUAUUUCAUGUCGAUAUUUUAUUCGGGAAUUUUUCAAAUAAAAAUGUUUUUGUGUUUGUUUUUAAAGUUAUAUUACAUUUCUGGACCGUGAGCUCUAGACAGAUGGGGCAGGGGGCGACAAUUUCCAGUGACGAUUUUAUUUUUAGGGGGACGGUAAAUAAAUCGGUUUUUCCGGUUAUCGUGCGAAGGCGGAGGCGGACAGGUUAGGUUAGGUGAUGGGUUUUCUUUUGUUUUGCUUAAAAUUAUUUUGAAAGCGGCGGGCGUUUAUAAAGUAGUGCAGUUAACCAAAUUCUAUUUGUUUUAGGCCCUGAUACUGCCUGCGUUAUAAAUUAAUAUUUUAUCACGAUGAGCACUGCGUAAAAUUAGCCGGUACAGUGUAUUGCGGGUGUAAUAAUAUAAGAUAAACCAACACGGCGGUUAUCUUUUCCGUGUGUAUACAAUAUAACAAUAAUAAUAAUAAUAAUAACAUGCGGCUGAUACAAUACGCGUACACUCGACGAUAAUAAACCGAUAUAGACGUAUAUAACUGAAGAUUAUUAUUAUAAUAUUAAAAUAUACUCGUCUGUAAUAAACGCGCGUGUAGCAAUUUAUAAUCAUACUAUAGAAAUUAUUCGUAAAACGAAAAAAAAAUGCCAAAAACGUACGUAGGUACAGGGGAGGAAGGCGGUGAAAAUUUAAUACGAGACCGGAAAACGUUUAAAAUAAUAUUUUUUCUUUUUGAUUUUCCCGUGAGUUUUCUCAAUAAAUGGGGAAAACAGCGAAAGAAAACUUUGGAAAAACGAUGAAAAUUUACAUGCGUGUAUUAUAAAUUAAAUUCCCGUCUUAUUAAUCUACCUUCCCAACUUCUCAGCUACAAAAGUGACCGAUCCGCCGUAGCAACGGUCCAACCGUCGGACAUAAAAUAUCCGGAUUUCUGUGGUGUUCGUCCCUCGUCGUUACGGUAUUUUUUUUUUUUAUUGUAUUCGGGAUAAAAAUGUCUCGUCAGUAUCUAUUGUGCGUGAAAAAAAAAACCGAAUAUGUUUCGACCUAACCGUAUUUCAGCCGAUAGUGUUUCAGACCGUUUUAUUUCGCGCUCGUAUAAACUGUUACCAUAGUAUAGUCACAACGUAAAAUCAUAUGUUCAAAUAGUGUCCCAUAAAGCAGUGGUGACCAAUCUUUUUUUUUACAAAAGGUCAUAAAAAUAAAUAAUAAUUCCCGGCGGUCAAAAAUUUUAAUUUUUACUUUUAAAUUCAGAGAAUAAUGUAAUUUUCUGUAAGCACAUCUCAAUAUAGGGAUACAGUGAUAUAUUUAAUUAAUUAUUUAUUAUGCAUUGAUUGCAAUAAAUGUGAAACAAAAAUUUUAAGUAUAAAUAUAUAUAUAUAUAUAUAUUUUUUUUUUUUUUUAAUGCGAAUGUUAGUUUGUGAAAUUUGAAGUUAUUUUCUUUUUUUCAAUUUUGAUUUAAUACUUUGAUGGUACGAUUAUAUUAAAUGAUCGAGGGUCGAAUUCGGCAAGCGGUCAAGUAACUACUUAAGAUCAACUGAUCACCACUGCCCUAAAGUAUUCGGUUCGGGGCUGAAAUACGGAUCGGAUUAAAUAUCGGUCGGCCGAAAUACAGUUCAGCUGAAAUCAGUGGCGUAACCAGAAUUUCUAAUGCCCGUGACAAAAUAACCAAAUAGAGAGGGUGGGGGGGGGGAAAUGCGCAAAAUUUGCUCAAAUCGGAGAAAGCAAAAAAAGGACAGUGCCCGUUUUCAUCGGGGACUGAGACCGGACCGAAAGUAACCGGAUACGGAACCCAAAACCUUGUGUAAAUUAAAGAACCGAAAAUUGCAGUAACCUGCAUUUUACGUUUGUAAAAGACCCUAACCAAAACCGAAACCCCUGUACGAAAUCCAAAAAAUCCCGGUUUUUUAGAUUUUUUUUUUUCCGGUUUCAAUGUAGCGAGGUAGAAACUAAUCACUAUUUAAACCAAAUACAUAUUUUUUUUAUUUUUUUUUUAGAAAUACGAGUUAUUAUUUUUUAUUAAUAGUAUCUAUGUAACGUUAUUUCUGGCAACGUCGGCCGUAUGUCAGCGCUCGUGACGGCUGACUCAGACGGUCAAUCGACCCGUGAUGCAAUAUUAUGUUGUAUCAAUGUAUACGAUACACGAUAACACCGAUAACGGAUAAUGUCUAUGAAGGAAUGUAAAAGUUAUUUUAAAAAAAAAAAAAAAUGACACUGGGUUGUCGAACAUGGACCUACAAAGAUACGCGGUGCGCGCGCCGUGCACCACGCGUAUCGUAAUUUAUAAGCUUUCACGGUAGGUACCCGAACGAAAUGACGAAGGGAAAAAUCACUUUUGUUCUUCUGUUCUUUUUGUUUUUCAUUUUAACCCGGUCGAAGUAGCGAUUUUUUAAUACGCGCCCGUGCGUUUUCAUUGUAAUAUUGCACUACCCCCGCGCGGUAUUUAAUUAAUUGCAUGAUAGCCGGAAUCAAUCGUUUUUAUAUUAUUAGGUAUAUUUCAUUCUAUAACACCGUUGUUUUAAAUAGAAAUUUAAAACCGAAGUACUGUUUUAUUACGACAAGUAAAUAAUAGUUAAAUAGCUUAAUUAUCGUUAACGCAAUUUUAUUAAAAAGUAAAACAUAGAAAAACGGAUAUUAUCUAAAGACGAACGCUUAACGAUACAUGUUUUUUUCAAUUUCACUAUUUGGCUGGUUUUCAUAACGCAAGCACGGGGCGAAUGUCCGAGUUAACCUACUCUCGCUACACGGCCGGGGCGCCGUCCAUUCACACACCGUAUACGUGUUUCAACAUUUUUUCGUUUGAAAAAAAAAAUUAUGCCGAAAUAAAAGAUCGGAUACCGGUUAAAACCCGUUUUAACCGAAACCUAAGUUUGAAACUCGCUGAAAAACCGAAACUUAACCCCCGAACCCCCGAAAAAAUAUUUCGAAAAACCCCGAACCCCAGCCGGAACCGGUCCCCGGUUUUCAUACGCCUGUCUGCGCACACCACAUAGGCACUCGGUAAGCAAAACGGGACGUCGUUUGUUUUGUUUUUUUUUUUUUUCUCGUUUCUGUUUCCAUCUCUGUGUCCGUCCACUAAAAACAAUCGCGCCUCGGACCCUCGUUCGGGGCCCGUAAAACGUCGCGGCAAUUAACAGCGCGUUCGGAGGGCGUACGAUAAUUAAUAUCGACGCGAGCGGGAUUCUAAUAGGAAUUGUUAAUUGAAUUAAAUGGGGUUCGAUUGAUCGCGCGGACGGUAAAUUAUUACGAAUGGUAAUAUCGAUCGUGAACAUAAUUAAUACGCGCUAUUGAAAAUUAUUUAUCCGUUAUCGUAUGACUGAGUAAAAAAAAAAAAAAUCCCCCGAACCCCCGAACGGUUACUGACGUGACUCGAAAGAUACGGUCUUCGCGUCGUUUCCGUCUAGAAAACGCGCGGAAUCCCGUCGUUCGCCACACGGUCCGUACAGCGCAAUAACAUUUAACAUUCGUUUCGGCCGUGUAAAAUUGAAGACGCGGCGCGGCGUACUCGGACGGUCUUGCCGUGUCUGCCCCGAAAUAAACGGCACGCGCAUUCCGGUCUGUGCGAAUGUCGACGCGUCCGUGGCCGUCCGGACCGUCUCGUACCGUCCCGCAGUGACAGUCGUUUCGCCGCACGGGAAAAACGACAGAACGUUUCAGGAACGGCUGCGAAACCGUCGGGGGUCCGAAAUUUCCAAACGCUUGCAACCGCGGGCCGAUUCGCGUCGCCGGUGGUUUCCGGGGCGCGAUAUUACGCACUCUGCGGCGCAAGCGUUUUUAUUUUAUUUCGUUUUUUUUUUCCGUUAAUUUACGUACUGUAAAUACGAUAACAUCCCGUGGUUUUGCGGUACAACGGAAACCGUUUGGUCUCGCGCGUAUCGCAUAUUAUUUACGGGCGGAUACGGCGUCCGUACAACGUAACGACCGUUGUCGGAACGUGUCGGUUCGGCUCCGUUGUGUUUUUGCGCAUCCCCCUCGAUUGCCCCGCGAUAUUAUUGAAAUGGUUGAGAAACGGUCGAGAAACGUUCAUGUCUCCGUGGACGGAUCGCGCGGAAUCGGAAAACAUUCGCCGGCGAUCCCGGGAUAACGGCGCGUAUGACGUAAUGUAAUAAUGAUAAUGAGAGAAAAAAAAAAAAAAAAUUAUAAAAUUAUGCUCACCGCUGCUACUGCGAUAACGCCGCGAGUAACCGCACGCCGGCCGGUCGUCAAGAGUGUCGUUAUCGUCACCGCGUCGUCGUCGUCGUUAUCGUCACCGCGUCGUCGUCGUCGUCGUCGGCCGCCGAACGUCUGAGCUGCGAGAAACGGUGGGUUGCUGGUGAACCGCAGCGCGCGUCGUACUGUGCAACGUUAUUAUUGUUGUGUACACACGUGCUGGCGAACGCGGUGCGUGUGCGUCUGCGUGCGUGCGCUACACUGGUGCCCGUCGCGUCGCGUGUGACCGUGACGGCGCGCGGCGGCGUUCGCGACAGUCGCGACGGCGAACGCCGCGCCGCGCGGCAACACGACAUUGCCGACGCGACGGACGGCCGGCGGGUGUGGGGCGAACCGAAAUCUCUGCUCCCCGGCCGCCGAUAUAAAGGCGAAUGCGCACCAAGGUUCAUAGAUAAUACUAUUGUACAUCUAUCCAUUAUCUAGUCUUAUGUAAUAUUAUCUAUAAGCCUCGGGCGCACACGAGUGCGCCGAACUUGCAGUGCAACGUUGCACGGGCCGCGCGCUGCACCGGCCCGCAGCCUACGACCGUAUUGUGAACUGCGGUGCCGGAUGACGUGCGCGUGCAGCGUAAUGCAACGUUGCAUCAAAGACGCAACGUAUCUAAACGUUUAUCAACGUAACGCAACGUAUUUCGCCGUAUGUCGAACGCGCCGUACGUUGAAUAUGUUUACGCCGUCAUCGCGUAGCUUGUGACGUCACGUUUGGUCAAACGGUUCCGACGCGCCGGCGUAACACGCGCGGAAUCUUCUUUAUUUAUUUUUUUUUUUUUCUAUUAUUAAAACUAGUACCCAUUUCUUCGGUUUUAACAGAUUUUAUAUUUCGAUUUUGGAAACGAUAUCUCUGCGAAUAGUCAAGUGGGUAUUGUGUACAAUGCGAGUCCGUCUCAAGCGCUUGACGAAACAUUAGAAAUCUUAGAAUAGAAAAAAAAAAAAAAAAAACUCAACAUUUAAUGCGAUUUCAUGCGUCGCGCAACAAUGCGAACGCAGAUGCCAAACAAUUUGUCAUUGAUUAGAAAAUAAAAUUCGCUUUGGGGUGACACACCGCGUACACGUCCAUUGUGCCGCGAACCGUUGAUCGUGUCGGCUUUGCGGUACGAUCGUUAGUUUACAUGGUCGAAGGCUAUUACUUACGCGUGUGCCCGCGAGUGAAACAAGAGCCAGCCCAGAGGGGUGGCGCAAGAUUCGUACGAAUAAAACAAAUCGAUAGAAAAAAAAAAAAAGUAAAAAAGUAAAAAAGUCGCUCGUAGCGACGAUGUACGAGUACAUUUGUUGUUGUUUUUUCGCUCGGCGACACAUUUUAUCAUACCAUACGGUAUUCGCCGUACGCCCGUGCGUAUUAAUUUUCAACUGUAUAAUAUACACCGACGGGCGAGACAAUCCAACGCUGUUCAUAACACUUCUUUGUUGUUUUUUUUUUUUUUAUUAUUAUUACGUACAUUUCGUACCCCCGACAUCGCGGUAUAGGUAUUUUCGAUUGUGCGCCAUGACGAAUAUUAAAGCGGCGUACUUCGGUUCAUGAUCUGAAUAGAAAAAAAAAAAUGAAAAAAAAAAAACAAUAUUAAUCGAAUAAAACGCUGCACAGUGAAAACAAUACCGGCCCAGACACGCGUCGUCAAAUCUUUAAGAGGACGGCGCGCACUGCGUUAAUCGUCGUUACCGUCUUGCGAACGCGCGACACAGCAGAAACGCGUUUACGCGGACCGCGCAUGGAACACGUUCGAUUUCGGUCUUUUAGAGCAAAAGCGCCCGUUUUGAAAUCGAAAUAGAAUAAUAUCGCGGAGCGCAAAACGUUGCGUUUUAUUUUCCGUUUUGUCCGGACACAACAGUCAAUUUACCGCGUUUAUAUACAACGUCUUUUUCGACGAUUUUUUUUUUUUUUUUUUUUUUGUUUUUACUUCGCUAAAACUAAAACGCAACGUGUCUCGCCCCCCCCCCCCGAAAUAUCGUCCUCCAAUACGUGCUUUUACUCUAAAACCAAAACUAAACGAGCUCUGUGUAGCCCGCGUACGUGGUGUUUUUACUAUAUCCUGUGUUUGUAAAUCAGAAACAAGAACUGUACGUGCAACACGUUCUCUUAAACACAAAUAAAUCGAUACAAAUCGCAUCUGGCUCGGUAAAUGUAUUCAAAUUUAAAACAAAUGCUCAUUUUUGUCAUUAUUUAAAAACUUAAGGUACCAAAAUUUUUAAUAAAGAUAGACCAACUUAAUUAACUGAUAACUUUUAAAAUGAAAAUAAAGAUAAACUCAUACUCGAUAAAUAGAAGAUUAACUGUUCAAACGUGACUUUAUAAGCUUAUUGGCAAUUAAUAUGACAAACUAUACCCAUAAUCGAAAAAAUGUAAAAACAUUUAUAAAUGAGCGUGUUAUACGUGCCCCGGGGUUUUUGUCGUUCAAUGAAUACCCGAGACAUUAUUCGUUUUUGAAAUUAAAAUUCAAACGGUUGAUUUAAAUUAUUAUUGUAACUUUUGUGUUAUGGAAUGGUUUUUGCCGCCCCCGUGGUACGCCUUUUUAUUGUUGUCGUUUUUUUUUUUUUUUAAUGUGGUGUCCAGCACUGAGGAGAGCACUGGGCUAGCAUUUCUUUUUCCGAUCUCUCCGUUUCUCACGUGUGUCGCUCGUUCGCUCAACGCACACGCCUGCAGCGACCGCCGAAGCCGAAUUUCGAAUAUUUUACACGCGUUUCGGUCGAUUACCGCGGUCCGAUUAAUCGGUUUAGUACCACCGGCAAUCGUACAGGUUAUAAAGAAAUGGACGGGACGCGUCUGUAUCAGCAUCCAUGUGAUAGGUGCGUGGUAUUUUUUAAUUUUUUUUCCCCCCGUUUUUCCCUCCAAAAGUCUGGGGUACUCGAAAAGUCGUGCGUCUUGUUCGCGAUAAUUGUCUCUUUCUAGCCCUUCGGUAUACCGUAUUUUAUAUAGUGUCUGAAAUUUACGCCCGAAAAGAUUUCAAAAGUCGGCGCACGCGUGUGUACACUUUAUUGAGUUACAGGACGCAUCACGCUUUGCGUCAGGAUAUGCGCUUUUCGGCCCGGAUACAAAAUUGAUACCGGCCGUGUGGUAACCUAUAGCGGCACGUCCAUUUCUUUAUUAUCCAAUUCGAUUGUGAUAACUGACAACCGUUUCGCACGGUACGACAUUUCUCGCGUUUUGCGCGGUAAUUUCACCGCCGGGAGUUUUCCGACGUAAUUGCUUUGUUUCGCCGCGGGAACUAAUAUUGAAUUCCGAUAAAAAAUUUAAAAAAAAAAAAAAAAUUUAAAAAAAAUGAGCAACAUGUUUGGGGUUUGUGAUAUUUUUGAUUUGAUGUUUCGAAAUACGAUGAUCGAUAACGGGUUUAUUAUAAUUUAUCGGUAUCGUUUUCGCCGGAUUAAAAACACCACGACGUUAGCUCUUUAGUUCGACGUAAAAACGAUAACGGCGUACAUGAGUAUUAUUUACUUUUCUUUUUUUUUAAAAAAAAAAAUUCCAAAUCGUUUGGACUGUUUUUCUUCGGGAUUAUGACCAUAACGACCCGCGACAAAAACCGGUGCACCGUGUUCGACGGUGGAUCGUUGCAGCGUUCAGUGCGAAUCGAAAACCACUCCGCGCCGCGCGCGCAACGUUACACUACGGGUUCGGCGCGCCAGCGUGCGCCCGCCUCAAUACACGCGCGUAGAAGGUCACUGGCCCUUCCGCCGCCGCCGCCGCCGCCGCCGGAGGUCCGCCUACCCGCCCGCCCGCGCGCUCGUUCCGUCGCUCGGCGUCUCGUCGGAGGGGUUCCGGGACCCUCGGGACGGGCCGCGCGGCUGAAACCUUGAACUUGACGUUCGCGCCUCGGGUUCGCGCGCGUGCGCGUGGUCGUCGGCGGUCGACGCGUCGAGAGGACUGCCCCGGCAAAAGAACCGGAUAAUAAAUUGCGCACGGCGACACGAUCGGACCGCCGCCUCCUUCCACCCGUGGCGACGGCGACGGCACCAGAGGUAAUACGACCGGCGGUGACGACGCGAAAUCCGUCGAAAAUCGGUGUUUAGAAACUGUUUACGUAUAUUACGGUUAUCAGAAAACGAUAUUGACAAAGACAACACUUCUUAUUUCAAUGAAAACAGUGUCGUCGUUCAAACCGCAACGCCCGGCGUCCUCCGAACAUAUCGACACAUUAUCGGUUAUUAUUAACCCGACCUUUUUUUUUUUUUUUUUUUUUUCUAUUUUCAAUUAAUCCCUAAAAACACAAAAACCGACAACAAAUAACCAGAGACGGUGCAGACUGCUAAUCGCGUUGACCGUGGUCACCGCACGUCCCACGCGCCCGGGCAUUCGUCGGUCACGCCGAACUGGUCGGACGCGAACGCGGGUCACGAGGUGAUCCUGCCCUCUCGCCCGCCCCGCCCAUCGUGCCGCGGAUCGGUUACCGCCUUGUUUAACGUGUUAUUAUUGGCGUCGGUUGUCCUCCGCCGCGAUGUUUAUCGGUAAGUAACCCCGGCCAGACGCGGUUUACGCGAUCGUUACGGACGACCCACGCUCGCGCGCGAUAGUGUCCGUGUCUGCGGUGCGCCGUGGGGUUGUUGUUUGUUCAACGACAAAAGAGAACGGACGGUUUUAUAAUAAAAAAAAAAAAUAAAAAAUUUACAACACAAAACAAAACCCAUUAAUAAUAACUAUCGGUUUGUUUUUUUAUAUUUUGUUUUUUUUUUCCAACCGUAAAUUCCCCACGAAACACGCGGAUGGAGGACGGUCGCACCGUCAACAUAGUUUUGAUGACAAAGCGAAUUUCUAGCCGUCGCCCAAACUCACGGUCAAUAAAGAAGAAUAUUAUACAGCUAGUGCCCACUUUAACGUUGAUUUUUUAUUUUUUUUUUCGAUAUUUUAAUUUUCGUGUCACUUGGCUUCAGUGCCGCAGAGUCCUAUGAUCGGCGUGGGCCAUGGUCUGAUCACUUUUUAUUGUACAUGGCCGCCGUGCUUAUGUGGCCGUUGUGUUAGGCCAAGCACAGCAAAUCCGUGCAGCGUGAAAUUAUCAAAAAUGCUGAGCAACGAUAACGUCCCCUAAAUGACAUUUAAAAUAUCUCAAGUGCGCGUCAAAUUUCAAGAAUAUGAUAGGUGCUUACGCAAAUGUAAUUUAUUAUAAUACGUCUUUUUUUUUUUUUAUCAUUUUACUUCAGUUUUCAAUAGCAUUUAAUUAUAAUUAAACAAUACUUUUUAAACGAUAAAUCAGUGAAUCAAAAAUAUAAAUUUAUGAUUAUGGAAAAAUAAUUUACAUUAAAUAUGCAAAAUUAAAAAUUACGUAAUAAAAAUAUAACUUUAAAGAUUAAUGACCAAUGCCCAUAAAUCCUCCUUAAAAAAUAAAUCAAUUUAAAAAAAAAGUCAACGAAAAAGAAAAUCUUUUUUAAUACUUACAUUUUUUUUUACAUUUUGUUGAUAACCAAUAUUAAAAAGCUAUCUUAGGAUAAUGAGGACGGGUGCAGCCACUGUUGUAGGUGAGAUGUUGGGAGGGUAGGAUACAAAUAGGCGUUUAAUGUAUAUCUGUAAGCAGCGAUAAACCAUUGCUUACGAAAAAACGAUUCUGAGCGGAUUUCAGUUGAUACUGAUGCUUUGUCAAAAUAUAUAUUUAUGUCUUAUUAUGGUAAAAUAAUUAAUAAUUAAUAAAUAGUCGUUAUAUAUUUUCUUUAAUAAUAUUUGUUUAAUAUUGUACCGAUUUUUCCGGUUUUUCACAUUUGCUGGGAAAACUCUUGAUAAGAAUCAAAAAACGAUCUGAUUAAAGUACCUCCCCAGUCAGAUUUCCUUUCAGAAAAAGUGCUAUCAUUGUAAAUCGGAGUAAAAUUGCUGGUAGAAAAGUUUUUCACAGGGAAAAAAAAAGUCGAAAUAUUUUUUAACUAAUACCUACAUUUCGUAAAUUUUCCCGGCUUUUGCCAUUUGUUGAGAAAAGUUUAGGUACAACUUCAGAGCAAGUAAAUCAGAGCAGAGUGGACUUUCUGGUAGAAUUUUCGUACAUAAAAUAUAAAAAAAUAAUAAACAUCUUUGUAAAACCACAAGCCAUUCACUAAGCUCAGAAUUUAAAAAAAAUUUGGUUUUUGUUUUUGUUGUUUUUCUUUGGUUUUUUUUUUUAGAAAAAAAAAAACAAACCUUUAUACACCUACAUUAUAAAGAUAAUAUAUUAUAAACAUUUAUAAUAUUAUUAGUGGUGUAAUAGAAUUAUACCGAAGACUGAAGGUGUCAUUAUCAUAAUAUAACAACGUAUCAAACAAAAUUGGUAGAUAAUAGACGGUGUAUUGUUUAUUUGUUUGUUUAUUAAUUUGGCCAUAAAGGCCGGAUAUAUUGUGGCCGUUGAGUUUUGAUGUCGGCUGGCCAUUAUUUUCAAAGUUCGGGGUCACCACACCUACUCGGAUUUUAUUUCAAAAUUAAACCACCGAAAAACGUCAACGUCGAAAACAAGUUAAAAAUUCGAAAUAGAAAAUAAUAACGAUCAAACACGCUGCGCGCGUGUCAUGGUCGAAACGGUUUUUUCUUCAUUUUUGCGUCCCGGCAAACCGGAUUGUUAAAGAUCUGUAAUGCGCUCGUUAUUGAUAAUUAUAUCCGUGAUAAUACUUCCUAAUGUACCGCCGCGGCCUGAUUAACGCGUUUCAACUCAUAUAAUAAGCGUCGUUAGCGAUAAUUACACCGAGAUUAAACUCGCGGACAAAUAGUUAGGUUUAUACAUUCAUUUUUUCAUCUCCCCCUUACCGUUUGUUUAACAAGGGGUCUCCAAACUUUCGACCGCACCGCGGUCAGUCCAUUGCAGGCGCACACUGCACAGAUACACUGUCAAAUAUUCCGUUCGUAAAUCGGUCUCAGUUAGUCGCCGGCGCAAUGGCAUAUUUAAUUUUCGAAUCCGCCGAGGCCACUCCGCCGAACGUACUCGGUUAAUCCCAGCGCAAACGAAAAUUCAAUUUCCACUUACGAUCGUUUUUUAUGCGAUUUGUUUUCUUUCACAAAAUUCAUAUUGCGUUGUUUGAACACUAAACCGCUGUGUUUGAGUAGCGUGUAACGAUCCAAUUCCAUUUUUUUUUUUUCAAACUUUUCAGUAAAAGCGAAAAACAAAAUUUGACUCCGAUUAUUUGUAUACGUAUUGAUAAUAUGAUAACCGUAAACUCGGAUCGUUCAGUAUUUUGUUUAUAUCUCGUACAAAUAAUAUCGAUAGGACUUGGAUCAUCAUAAAAAAAAAAAUAAGCGCGAAAUUUCGAAUAAGAAAGUAAUAUGACUUUAUUUUUUCCAAAGUGGACUUGGAUCAUUAUCAUCUCUCGGAUACAAAACUAAACUCUAUUGAAACAAUAACUAUUAUUAGGGUUCGGAGCUUGAGCGUUUACUUAUUUUUUUGGCUUGAUAUAAAAUCUAGUAGAAUGCUACGGAAACCCAAGUCAUAUCACAAUGAUAUUAAAUAUGAUAUUUGAAAGUAUUUUUUUUUUUAGUUUAUUUCUAUUGUUUUUAAACAUAUUGCUUUUUUCUGGUUUUUCUGAUUAUUUUCGAUUGUUUGCAUAUUUCAACUUAAUUAUGACACGAACCACUGAAAAUCUAAAUAUUUUAGUUAAUUUUGAUUUUAGAUUCAGAGUGAAGCGAAGGAUCUAUUGGUUUUACUGCACAAUGUAUUUUUAUUUAUUUAUUCUGUCUGUAAAAAAUUUUUCUCCCAUAAAUCUCGUUCCAAUUAAACCAUAACAAGAGCCUUUUUUUGUUGCAUUUUGGCCGUAGUUGAUACUUUAAGAAGAUAACUUUUUUUGAAAUGCUCGUCAACAUUCGUGAUAAUGAGGAAAAAUUGGUUCUUUAGGUUAAAAUAGAUUAAAAAAUUAAAAAGAAGGUUAUCAUUGGUGACCGUUUUUGUUUUUAUUAAGUUUUUGUUAUUUAAAUCAUUUAAUCUUCUAUAAACAAUUGUUGUUUCGUGAAAACACACAUUGUUGAAAAAGCAAUACUAUUGACCGAGCUUCGCAUAGAAUCGUUUAUAAAUAUCGACAUUUAUUCUUCAAAAAACGUAUAAGAAGUUAAAACGUUCUAAAAAACUCAAAAAAGUUAUGAGAUUCAAAGUGUAAAAUCUAAAUGACAAUAUAGAAAAACAAUCGUAUUCAUAAUUUUUGUCGUGCUUUUUUCUUUUUUUGAUUAAUUUAAUAAUUUUUGAGUACUUAUAACGGAAGUAGUAUUUAAGCACUGCUGUCAGCGCUUAUUUUGAUAGUCAUAAGUACUAUCUAUAAGUCCCGAACACUGAUUGUUAGUUAUAAAAUGCACGUGAUUUGCACAUUACUAUUAUCGUUGCCCGUUCGCGUCGGUUAAUACGCCGCUAAAAUCACAACGAUACGUGCAGUAUUCAUUUCAGCGAUCGCAGUUGAAAUGUCUUUACAAUUUUCUCACGAAAUACGAUUUAGAAUUUUUUUUUUUUCUUUAAAUUUCGGACGUUUCAUUCCGGUAAUUCUCGUAUGACCGAUUUCUUAUUUCCCCACAAACAGUGUAGGCACCGAUAAACCGUACGAAUGAAAUAGCCCAUACCCCGCGCAAGGCAUUUGUAGACGAUUUUAUAGUAGCGUACAUUGUCGAAACAAUUGACGGAAACGCCGCCGAUUGAGCCCCGGUCAAUUCUCGCGCGUAUUCUGAACGCACGGUGAAAACGGACUACUCGCGAUCAAUCCGGAUUCCGGGACCCGAUUCACGAACAAAGAGAAUUUGAAUACACCUAUACGGUCGACGACUACGUCAUUAUUAUCUAAACAAUUAUAGCAAGGAUUUUCGACUUUUUGAGGUCUUCGCUCCCUCCCCUCAUUACUAUACGAUUGAAUUGUGUUUAACAUUCAAGUCAUGACAUGCUUUAACGUCGGUUAUUGGAUUAACAUAAUUAAAUAUUCAAUUAUGUUUAUUUUUUUUAUUUUUUUAUUUUAUCUGUGAACAACUUUUCAAUUUCGCUCCGAUUUUCAAUUAAAACACUAUUACUGAAAGGAAAUCUGACUGGGGAGAUACUUUAAGGAGGUCAUUAUUUCAUUUUCUCAGGAGUUUUCCCAAUAAAUGGUGAAAACCAUGAAAAAACACGGGGAAACCGGGAAUAACGAAGGAAAAACGGGAAAAUAAGUACAAUAUUAAACAAAUAUUAUUAAAGAAAACAUAUAAUGCCUAUUUAAUUAUUUUACCAUAAUAUGACAUAUAUGCUGUUGACAAAACACUACUAUCAUCCAAACUCCGCUCAGAGUCGUUUUUUUUUUGUUAGCAAUGGUUAAUCGUUUCUUACAGAUACACAUUAAAUUACCUAUAUCAGUGACUGCACCAGGCCCAAUUAUCCUAAGACAGCACUUUUGAACUUAUUUGUACAGGAAAAAAUAUAUUAAAACAAUUAAAAAUUUAAACUCAAAUUCAUUGUUAUUAAAUAUAACUUUUAUCAGAUAAAUUAAUAUAGAUGAUCAGAAAAAUAACGGUUUCAUUUUUCGCGGUUUCUUAAAAAUCUAAACGCUUCCCUGGAAAUUCCGUCACGACUCUCAAUUAUAGUUAUAGGGAACACGCCCUCGAGGUAGAAUUAUAGCGUCAGCCAAAAACCGUGUGACGUGCAAAACCGUACACGCCUUUAUUCCGAGAGAAAAAAUAAACUGUUCGAAUGUAUUGUAUUUUAUGAUAAUAUGCCGGCUGGUUCGCCCAUAAUUCACUUGAAAAAAAUUACUUCCGUUAUCGACGGCGUGUUCCGCAGGUGUUUUAUUAUUAUGUGCGCAGAAUAGGCGAACUUUUUAUAACACCUCGAAUAUUAAAUGUCACGAUACACUUUUCGUCAGUUUUGAAAAAUGCCAAACCGCGUUUGAGUACACGUCACGCAUAAGUACACAGUCAAGUGUCAAUGUGAUGGACAGGCGGAAAUUCGUUUUAUUCAAUAAUAUAAAAACGGCAAUUCGUUCUUCUGCGCUGUGCGGUGUUCUUAGUUCUGUUUGUAGACAAUGACGAAACUAACCUGAGAUAACCCGGUGGCGACCGGCCGUAGUUGAAUAAAAAUCAAUUUAAAACGGUAGGGAAAAGGGGGAAUGUGGAUCGAGAGGGGUAGGGAAGCGGUAUGGGAAGAGUAUGUGGUUAUAAAGGGGUAAUAGAUACAUUCGCAUUCGUAUGUAUGACGUAUGGCGCGAACGCGUGGCGAUCUAUCUGUCGACGGGAUGAUUGACGGCAGUGUCGUCACAACGCGCAAUCGGUCGGCUAAGACUUUGAAUACACUCGCAGCGUGAUACGUUGACAAAAUCGGUAUAGUGUGUGUGUGUGUGUGUGUGUGUGUGUGUGUGUGUGUGUGUGUGUGUGUGUGUGUGUGUGCAUGCGUGUGUGUGCGAGCGCGCGCCGUCGUUCGGAUUGUAUUGUAAUAUGUGCACGUGUGCGUACCUAUAUUGUGUCGAUAAAAACACGUACCUGUUAUAUUUAUUAACGACGGCUAAUGUCUAUCGUAAAAAGUUGUAUUUCUCUUCUGCCUAUUCUACUCUUAUUAAUAAUCUACUACGGGAACAUGCGAACAUUUUCUGCUUGAAGUUCGCGAGAAGUUCGUUGCUCAAAAUAUUAGGAGCAGAACAUAAGUGGCAUCGAUUGAUUCACCUUUCAAUUGUAUUGCAUCUCGUUAGGCGCCCAACAGACGUAUGAAUACUCUUUGUUUGACUCAAGCCACCAGGUGUAUAGACAAUACUAGUGUUAGCGAGAGAAUCCGUAUUUUAUCCACCGCCUUUUCUAGGGGUACAGACAACCGUCUCACGGGGGUGAACUUUGAACCACUUUUCAGCUUUUAAGGAAUUUUAAUUUUUGCCAGUUUUUCACGCUGUAGUUCACUUGUAAAUACAUGUGGAGACUUGAAACUUGAUAAUAGUACUUAUAUUGGACUUACCUAGACGUGGUGAAAUUUAAAAAAAUAAUCGGACGACUUUUUUUAUUUUUUAUAAGCGUUUUGAAAUCAAAUUUAAACGAAAAUUGCAAAAAAAAAACUACGGCACUUCAAAUUAUGUACUACUGAACUGCGCUCGGAAUCGUUUUUCGUCAUCAAUAGUUUAUCGUUACAGAUAUAAAUGAAAUAACCUUAUGUAUCCUAUCCUACUUUUCGCCUACAAUAGUGGCAGCUCCCAUCCUCGUAUCAACUCUUCUUUUUUUUUUUUUUAUGUAUUUUUGUAAUCGAUUUUUUUUUUGUGUACAUUCUAGAUAUAUGUGAAUACGUCUUAAUAUUAUAUUAUACCAAUCAUUUGUUUUUUUUUUUUUUUUUUGAGUAAUGAGUAAUAUAAUACGUAGAUUAGGUGAUAUAUGUAUUUUUUUACGUGGUAUAAUAAUAUUAAUAUAUAUUUUCCUUAUUUUUUUUAAAGUUUUACACAAAGAUUUUUUUGUUAGGUAUUUAAAUUUAAUAAUAUGAUAAAAAAUGUUUUGGUGGGUAAGUAUAUUUGUACUAUAUAGUUAGAAUAUAAUACAAUCUAGUAAAUAACUCUUAUGCUCAAUUCAAUACAAUUUACAUAAACUGUAAUAAAUGGAUAUUUUUUGGGUUUUUUUUUUUUUUUUAAUUAAUGUCUAAUUAUUAUUAUUUAUUUUUCAAUUUCUUUUUGCAGCUGUAUGCAUUAAGUGGAUCAAUAAAUUAAAAUUAACAUAAUGUUUUAUAUAAUAUAAUAUUUAUAAUAUUAAAGCUUAUCAUAAUGGCAUAAUAGAUUGAUGCUUCAUAUAGGAAGUAAACUAUAUAAACGUAUAGUCACUACGUUGUCAAUAUUUUCGAAAGCACGAUUAAAAUUUAACUAUCCAAAUGGAUAAGUUAAAAUGACGACUCGGAUGUUAAUCGUAUUUAUUGAAAGAAUGAUUUGAAAUAGUGUAAUAGGUGCCAAAUAAUAUUGUAUUCUUGCGGAUAGAGGCGUUAGGUAGGUGCUUUUUUUUUUUCUUUUUUGGUGGCAAAUUAAGGAUUAUAUAUUGAAAUCUAAAAUCUAUGUUGGAGACAAAAGAAGAUGAAAAUGUUUGAAUUUGUAAAUAUAAAUUCUAAAUUCGGAAUGUUUGAAUAUUUUUGUGUUAGUUGUUUUCGUUAUAAGGUAGUAUAUAUACGCAGUUUGGGAAAAAUAUAUAUUAAGUGCAGGGCUGGCGGGAGCCUAGGGCGCCAAUCUCAGGAGGGCGCCGAAAUUGUUUUUUACAAUUUUACAUAUUUUUCUCAGUUAUAUUAUUUUUUUGAAAAUAUGAAAUACCCAUAACUUAGUACUGAAAUAUUGAUAAUUAUAGUUUUUUCGUUUAGCUAUAGAUUAAAAUAAUAUAAGUAUUAUUUUUAUUAUAUAGUGUGGUGUCGUACGUUCACUUAAUGUUUUUCUUAUCUUUGAAUUGGAAUUAUUAUAUCGUUGAGUUAGAAUUAUUAUUAUGUCUAUAUUUGUGAUUUUUAUUUCGUAUUUUUUUACUUGUUUUAUAUUCGGUAAAUUAUAUUCGUAUGUUACCACAUUGACAAUAACACUAAACAUGUUUUUUAUCAAGAACGAAUCGGAGUUUUUGGUGUUCUCUUUAUCUGAUUUGUAUAUUAAUAUAAAAUCGAAAUGAAAUAUUUUUAAUGUUAACCUUGAUAUUUUAACAGAAGGAAUUUAUAGAUUUAUGUGGUAUUGUAAAAGAAUAUUGUGUACCAUGAUUUUGAUUGUACGAGUAUAUUGAUCGUAAUUUCGUUUUAAUUUUCGAUUUUGAUAAAAUUUACUAAUGUAUUGAAUUUAGGUCUUUUAAUCUUUUAGAAUUAUGCAAGAGAUUUGGAAAUUUUGGUUGUUGGCAUUGUUCCAUUAAAUUAUUUAGUUCUUCAAAUAUUACACUUUUAUAGGUAUUUUUCUCUUUUUUACGAGUUAAAAAUGUCGGAAAUAUAAAAUUAAAUUGUGUGUGUCUAUAAUAUUUAUUUGUAGAGGUUUUUCUAAUUAAUUAUUCAAUUCUUGGCUAUGCACAGGAUUAAAUCCAUGUGAAGAAAUAAGUUUUGGUUUUGCGUAAUUGGGUUUUAUUUUUAUUUUAUAUGGCUCUAUAUUAACUGGUUUUAUUUGAGUCUUGUUAUUUGAAAGAAGUGUGUAUAAUAUGCGCAUUUAAAAAUUGUAUUAUCUCGUUGUGUUGUUUGAUUAUUGGGGAAAAUAUUUAAAUAAAAAAAUUGAGCACAAUGUAGUAGUUUUUUUUUCUUAAUAAUAUGUUUCAAGAUUAAAUUUUGGUUCAACUUUGCGUAUAGAUAAAAAUUAAAUAACUGUGUGUGUCCUACUUUUUAAAAUUAUUAUGGUAAUUUUUUUUUUUUUUUUUUGUGGGCCUCGUUGAAAUGUUUGGCCCCGGGGCUGGCGUCUCUAAAUGUUCUUAUCCGGGCUUGUCAGGUCGAUGUAUAAUAUUUGUGUGCACGUUAUAUUGUAUUUAUAUUACAGAAUUUCAGGCCACAUCCUAAUGCGAAAUAAAAACGCAUUCGCUUGUUUUUAUUAUACAUAAUCAAAACAUAUAAUAUCGGGUAUACUCGUAUUAAUUGCGUAUAAUGAUGCGGUUCAAUGAACUCGUAUACAGACUCUUAAAUUAUAAUAUUAUUGUUGUACACUACAGCUAUGAAAAUUCAACAGAUAUGAUAUAUAAGUACUAAAAUUACAUAGCAAACACAAAUCGAUCGACAUUAGUAUCAUACCUAUUGGCUAUUACCUAUAAUUACAUUUGAUUGUUUGCCGACUGGCGAUGCGAUGCUAUUUUAAACGAAAUAUCGAACGUAAUCUAACUCGCAAAGUAAAAAAAAAGUAACCGAUGGAUGCGCAACUGUUGUAAAUAAGAAGUUAGAAAGGUAGGGUGCAUACAGUUAUUUAGUAUAUACAUAUGUGUGUAAAUAACGAUAAACCAUUGCUAACGAAAUACGAUUCCGAGUGUAGUUCAGUUAUACAUGUAUUGAAAUGCGAUAAUGUUAACUAUUUCCGUCAAAUUAUUAUUUUUAAAAAGCUUAUAAUAGAAAACGACUACAUUAGGCUUGACUCGUUUUUUUUUUCUUAUCACUAUAAGUAAAACUUCUAAUGAACCUCGUGUUAAAUUUCCAAGCAUUUCUGUCAAACGCAUAGUAUUCCUACCAAAUAAAAACUAAGUAAAAACUUCGCAAACAUAAAAUGUCUAUAAAUGGCUCAAAACUCGACAAAAUGUUUUAAACAUUUUAUCACGUCUAGAAGAGGUGACAUCUAGUAAAACCAAUCACAUUCUUCACUGCGCUCGAAAUCUAAAAUUUUCAAAAUGUAUGAAAAAUUUAGGUUUAAAUUAAAAUGUAUUAAAACUAUUAGUUCAUAUUAGUUUUUCAGGGGAGACAAGUACUUCUCUUUACCCUGAAAAACCCCUUAUCAUAGAGUAUCUUUUAGUUAUCAAUGCAAACGAGCAAAGUUCGGUGAAAAUCUAUAGCAAUUUUUAAUUGCGUUUGAACGUAUUGUGUAAAUUAAAACAUGACUUUAAUUAAAGAAAAGAAAUUUGAAUAAUAUUUUUUGGAGAAUAAAUUAUUAGUAUUGAUAAAUUAAAAGAUAUACAUAUCAAUAAUUUUUACGUAUCAAUUUUUUUUUUGAAAAAUCAUAGUUUUCUAUGAACUUUAGGUAGAGUUAAGCGUAAUUUUUCAAUUAAAAAAGAUAUUUUUGAUUAAAAUUACUUGAAAAAAUUACAACUCGAAUCUGGUGAUAAAAAUAGGUUUCUUGUUUAAAAAGAAAAAUCAUUUUUAUUGCGCAAGCGUACGAUGGAAAAUGUGUAUUUCGGUACAGACUCCUAUAAUAGCUGUCACAGUCAACCAAAUUUCAGUUUAAGGUCGUCAUCAGGCUAAAAUAUUUAUAGUGGUACAUACAUACAAGAUAGGAGACUGUACAUUAUGAGGAAUAUUUGAUUGUUCAUAAAAAAAUCGCCCCCCUCCAAAUAAGGUUCCAGGUAUAUGCUUGCUAGUAAUCCUUGUGUACUCAUGUAAUAGGUAAUUUUAAUCUAUGGUUAAUAUUAACUAUAGUUAAAAAAUUAAUUUUUAUUUAACUUUUUAACAAAACUUAAGUAAAUUAUUUUUAUCGUUAACUAAUUUACCUAGCUAUUUUAAGUUUUUAUUGAACAAACCUAAUUUUUAUCAUCGUAAAUGUCCAGUUCAGUUAACGUGUUGAAGACCAAAUGAUUUUUUUCAAAAUUCGAAAUGCAAUUUUAAUUAUAGUUGCUUGAGUUAACUUUUUACUGAAGGCUUUUAAUUAACUUGACCCAAUCGAAUUAAUUAUUUUCGUUGGUUUGCCCUGCCCUCUUCGGUUCUAAUAUGGCGAUAGUUAACUUUACCUGUAUAUUCGGAAAGUAUAAUAAUAUUAUUAUCAACGCGUUAUUGGUUUAAAAAAAUAAUAAUAAUAACUGCAAAAAUCAAGACAAGCCCGUUUAAAACCGUAGUGAUUAUUGUUUCGAUAAUAUGCGAGCAUAUACAACACGUCAUUACCUAUAGUUAAUUAUUUAUUGUAUGCGACACGCGUAAUAAUUACAAGUACUUAUACACAAUAAUAAUUAGACCUCGGUACACGAAAUUCCGUAUGCCUACGAGUUGUGUAGAACUGCAGAUAUUAUUAUUACUCGUUUACUAACUGUACCAGAAAUGUCGAGCGCGUAUUUCGUUCUCGGGGUUUUUUUUUCACACAUGAGGUAUCUUAUUUACGAAAAAUUUUUAAAAAAAACCCUUAAACCGUAAUCACAAAUACUAGGUACGUAUAUCGACUUUUGAUUAUAAAAUAGCAAUAGCGUCUACCUUUUUAAACCCGAAAAGAGAAUACUGAGUAGGUACCAAUGUAAUAUUUUUCUGAAACCAAUCAUAUUUUCGAUUGUGAGUAUAAAAAACAAAAUAUGUGAGCAAGAUACAUAUAUAUAUAUAUAUAUAUAUAUAUAUAGCUAUUUGAAAAUCAAGAUCAAAAGUCGACGAUAUGUAUUUUUGGUCAUGUUAUACGGAAUAAAAUUAUGGAAAGAAAACUAAUGUAUACGUAAUCUUUACAGACCAAUGGUUCGUGAUAUGAAAGAAAUAUCAUGCCGUAUGUAUAGGAAUAAAAAACUACGUAUUUUUUUUUACAUAUCUGAUCAAUCAAAUUUCGACUCAGCGUCUAUAGUAUUAUGUGUAGUACAUGUAUCCAGGGCCGUGAAGAGAAAUCAAGGGCCCCAAGGACCAACUAAUCCAUCAUAAUGUCAAAUAUUAAACUCACUACAAUAAUAAUGUCCAGCGCUAUCCUUUAAAAUAUAUAUAACAAAUAGCAAGUUCACUUACAGACUUAGCAAAUAAAUUUACUAGGGGAGAAGACCAGGAAAUAUCUUUAAAUUUUUUUUUGAAAAAUGGCAGACAUACUUCGCACAAUAGAUGGGCCACUGUUGUAAAUGAAAAAUUGAGAAGGUAGAAUAAUAGAGGGUAAUUUAAUUUAUAUCUGUACGCAACGAUGAACCAUUGCUAAAGAAAAACAAUUCGGAGCGAAAUUUCUUUUAUGCAUGUACGUGCAUUUUCCCUACUUUUUUUUCCAGUUUCCCAAAUUAUUAUGAAAACCGCUAUGACAAUCAAAGUAGUAUUCUUUAAAUACCUCUUUAAAGUAUAAACAAGAUCAAAUUUUCUUUCAGAAAAGGUACUAGAAUUGAUGAAUCAGAACAAGAUUUCUGGUAAAAAGUUUCUCACAGAAUAAAAAAAAAAAUAAUCAAAAUAUCAUUGUAAAACUAAUAAAUUUCUCGCUAUACGCUCCUAAUCAAAAAAAGGUUUAAGAUUGAGGUGCAAGGUAUUCAAAAGAAAAAAUUAUAUUUUUACUAACACAUACCAUAAUAUAAUAAUACAAAUUAAUUUAUUAUUAUAUCAUUAAAAUUUAGUUUUUAAUAUAAAAUGUAUUGAUAUUUCAAAGUAAUAUGUUAUGUCAUUAAACUAAAAAAAUAUUAGAUAAAUUAGAUGAAAUAUAAGACCUGGUUGCUUUGGUAUAGCCUGGGCUCAAAAACUAUAGAUCCGUCUGACCUCCCGUCUUGUCAAGUCUACAUAUAGUUUUAUAACAAAUUUAAAAAAAAUAAUAACAAUAAAGCUGCGUGCAGAUUUAUUUUUACCUCUAUAGGUCCAACCAAUCAAAUGUUUAGUAAAUAUUUAAAAAUUCGUUGAAUAAAAAAAAAAAUAAUGAAAAGCCGCUAAAAUGCCGAUUCGUUCAUUGACGCCGAAUACGAUUUUGAUUUAUACAACUUCAAUUCAGCAAAAAGUUAUUUUUCAUUUUAAUUAUAUUUCUGGAAAUCGCGGUGGUUUUUCAUUAACGAAUUUUUCAUUCAAAAACGACUGUAAUAAUAUGGAAGCUAUUAAAAUACAAAAUUACCGAACAUUUUUCCACCGUGUUAUUAUAUUGAUCGUAAUAUUACCAAUCAAUUAUUUCGUAGCACAUGAUAUAAUAAUGAAUUAUACAAGACUAAUAAGGAAAAAGAAUCGAUAAAUUUCAAUGUCUGCGAUUAUAAUUAUCUAGAAUUUUUUUGAAGAAAAAAUUAAAACAUAUAGGAAGCUUUUUUUUUUUAUACACUUAUAUUUACCUACAGUCGUCUUUUAUAACAUUAAAAAUUAACUGAUCGCGAAAUAUUAUUGCCGAGAGUCGAGACACUUUAGUGUGCGCAGUCGUUUACAUAAUUUAUCUCGGUUUUUUUUCUCUUCUCUCUUCUCAACUAUUUUGCGUCGUAUAGGUACUUACUGUUAUUGUUGUAUAAGUCAGCGCCGCCUACUAAGAUUUUCAGAUAUACGACUGUGCUCUUCGACCCACAAGUUUGCGUGCAUGUCAUUGUGUAAUUAUUACUUGUAACGGGUACCUAUAUCAUGUUUUUUUUUUUUUUAUUAUUAUGCGUACGCAACAUGCGCAGUCCGGGACGACGGUUGGUGACAUUAUAUUAUUAUCGUUACCUAUACCAUAUGUCUCAGAAUUCCCGUGCCACCCUGAUUGUGUUUAAAAUCAAUAUGUCUAAAUAAUGCGAUUCUUUUAUCAAUAGUUUUUGAGAAAAGACCAAUUAAAUGGCAUGUAUUCAGAAAACAAUUUUUAAUGCAAUUUAGUUUUGAACGUUUUUAAAAUAGCCGUUUAUUUGAUGAAAUUUGUUUAAACAAUUAGAAAAAAAAAUUUAAUUGAGUGAAAAUUGUUAGAGCAAAUGUUAGAGCAGAUUACCUAAGUUUUUGAUUUCACGAAAAUAAUAGUUUAUGAUAAUAUUUAAUAAUAGUUUUCUUUAACAAAUGCUACUCGUUUUUUGUUAAAAACUAUUAUCCUCAUGGGACUUCUGAGACAUACGUAUAGCGUGUGUGUGAGGCGAUUAUUUUAUCGUCGACAAGCCAACGGCAGAUAUGAAGCUCGCUGAAGGUGAAGGAAGGGCAGGGGAAGGUUGAACUGGUAUCAUCGAUCCUCGCAAGACCUUGACUGAAAACAGAUUAUAUUUUUUAAGCGGUAGGUGGGGGUUGGUCGUCCCAAAUUCGUUGAAUUUACUGGGCAUUCGUAUUUAUCGUGUUCGAACGUACACCGCCAGACAAUCCCUCCCCAAGUAAUUGUUUCGGAUUAGCUAAAUUAACUAUAAAAAAAAAUGUGCUAAAUUCGAUUUUGGUUUUUUCCAGACUUCGUUUACCUAACUACUAAAAAUCGUUUGUAUAGAUAACCACCGGUCGUGAUAAAAAAAAAAAAAAAACUAUCACUGUCGUCUUUUUAGUCCGGUUUACCUAUACAAACAAUUUUAUAAUAAUAUGUGCCCACAAGGAUACUACGCCGUACGGUCUCAAUAUUUUGUUGAAAAAUCACGGGUAUGCUGCGUAUUAUUUCAAAUAAUUUUUAAAAAAACCUCCGUGGUUUAUAAUCAUUGCACGAUCAUAUUAUUACUUAUACCGUUAAAAUUGUAUUUAUUCCAGUAAUUGCAUAUAACUAAAAAAUUCAUUAUUUUAAUUUAAUAAUAAUUGUAAAAUUAAUAUCUAUUUUCUCUAUAAACGGUGUAAAGAUAUAUUCAAUGUCUCACAUGUAAGGUUCAGGUUAUUAUACAAUAUAUAUAUACAUGAGUACUCUUAAGAAAACUGAUGGAAACACCGUUGAUAAAACUAAUAAAGGUAAUGGGAUUUUUUUUAUUCAAUUUCAAAUAAUAGAGUAAAAAUAUUAGAAAUAAACUAAAAAUAAAGUCUAAAAUACGUUGUUUUGAAGACAUCUCACCUAUAAAGUGUGAGUUUAAAAUACUGAAAACCCGAGUUAAAUCCGAGCUGUAGGAUAUAUAUAUAUAUAUCUUCCUCUUUUCAAAAAAAAAAAAUAAGUAGACCGUAAUACAAUGUAUAUGAAAAUAUUUUCCGUAAGGUAUAUUUUGAGCCAAAACAUUUUUAGUAAAUUAACAGUUUAUAUCUGUUUUCUUUUUUCCGUUAUUAAAAUGAUAUAUUUUUAGAUUCCGGGUGUAGCCAAUAAUGUAUUAGUUUUGCAAUGAUGUUUUUUUUAUUUUAUACUGUGACAAAAAUGUCUACCAUAAUCUUGCUCCGAUGUACGGGUGAUACCAUUUCGUUUUAAAACGCGGAAUAAAAAGUAAGAAGAACAAGACAAUUUACAAAAAUAAUACGUUUAUAAUUCGGUUGAAAAUAUUUGUAGUGACUUGAAAUUUGGACAGCAAACUUAUAGUUGCCUUUUCUUAGAUGUGGUAAAACUUUUAACACAUUUGAGACAUACUUGAGCUGUUUAUAGACAUUUUAAUUUUGUGAGUAAUAUUUAUUUGGUAGAUAUUUCAAGCAACUGUCAUAAUACGCAGUCGCCCUCGGCGAAGGCAAUAUACCUAACAAGGCCUGGAGAGAACCGCAUUUUGGUUUCCAAAUGUAUGUCUUUCAAGGUCCUAUUAGUUUCGCAUUUGGCGGUGUCCCUUGAAUUAAGUAAUACAUACACCGGCGCUCGCUCUUAUGUAUGGUUAGACUUGACCUAACCGUAUAAUGAAAACUGGCCACUCAACAGCACGAGUCUCAGUAAUAAAAGUCGCUAUUAAUUUUAUUAAGUGUUCCUUUUAUUUACUUCAAACCUUUGUCAAAAUCCUUGAUGAAGAGUCUUCGAAUUUUCGGUGCCUUCGUCAAUUUAUGUAUAAUACUAUUCCGAACUGACGGAUCCAGGUCACUACAAUUGGUACUAUGUGGAUAAAAUUCUUAGACUAAAAAGAAAUGGUAAUAAUUAAACAGGAGGUUAAUUAUAAACGUGCGUAAAGUUGCCCCCUUCCUACUUUGUCCAAUUUUUUCAAACCUUCAAAUUAUUUUCAAAUUAUUAGCAAAGGUUUGAAGUUGAUCGGACAACAUAGGGGGCUGCGUGAAUUUGGCUUAAAAAGCUUUUUGCAGUGAAAAUAAGAGUUUUUAAAUUCUGAAGAUUGGUUUUCAAAUUUUUUUAAAUUUUUUUCAAAAUAAUGGUGGAAGUUUAGAGAAAAUUAGAUAAAGUAGUUAAUUAUAAGUCAUACUUUGUGGUGAAAACAAAAAAAUUAAACGUAAUAUACUAUAUUUUUUUUUAUAAGAACUUUAAUAUCACGUUUUGACUGAAAUCGUUUUAGUAAAAAAAUAUGUGGAACAAAUCUAGUUAAUAGUCCAUACAAAUUAUUUCAAUUUUUGUUGAAAUAUUUUAAUAUAAUGUGAGAUAUACAUACAGAAUGGCUUUUUUUUUUAUCAUGAACCAACAAAUUUCUCGGAGGAUUUUUGUCUGUUUUUUUUUUUUUAAUUAUUUUAGAAUCGGUUAAGCUUUAUUAUAAAACCAUUUGAUAGAUAAUAAUAAAUUGCAUGAUUGCAUUUUACCCUACUCCUUCAAUUUAAACUUUAAACAGUUAUAACUUAUAAACGAUAAAUCUGAUAUUAGUGUUAUGCACUUAUGCAUAUAAAAGUGUCUAGAAAAAUAUUUUCUAUUCAAGUCUAUGUUGAAAAAGGGAGGAUUUCUAUUUGAAAAACAAAAGUAAAUACUUAUUUAAGAUACAUGGAGAAGGGGUAAAUAUUAAAAACAGUUUUAAAAUAAAACUUAAGCGAUUCUAUAAUGAUUAAAAACUAAGAAAUUAAAUUCACUUAAAAUUCUCCUGGACAAUUGCUGGUUCAUGGUAAAAAAUCACCCUUUACAUUGUUGAAAAAUCAAUACUAUAUACCGACUCCACUCAGAAACGUUUUUCGUUAGCAAUGAUUAAUAUUUGCUUACAGAUAUGCAUACAAUUUCCCUAUAUACCCUACCUUUCAAACUUCACAUCUACAACAGUGGUCCACCCAUCAUGUGAAGCAUGUCCCUCUUUUUUUGUUUUAAUGCAAUUUUUGUUUUUUUCUCAUAUUCAGAUUUACCGAUGGAUACUGUAUCACAUUGUUUUGUAUACGAGCCGGUUCAAAAAUCAGUGGCCGCAGCCAUGGCACCCGUCCAGCACGGUUUUUUCGUGUUGCAAAGCGAAAGUGGCGUGGAACAAGAAAUCCAAUUCCGAGUACAAUCCAUUUGGAAAAUAUUGGUUGAAAUUGUUUUUCAUGGUACGUUUACGUACGAAUACCGUCAACCGGCGGUGUAUUUAGAGAUGGGAUAUUUUGGGGUUUACUUUAUUUUCUCAAUUUUCAUAAAUGUGACAGGGAGGAAAAAAAAUGAUAUGAUCGAUCUAUGACAAUGGGCUGUGUGCAAAUAUCGUUAAGACAUCCCUAAAAGAGAAAACAAAAUACGCUAUCAUCCAUAAUUUCGUCCAGUAUUAUAAAAAUAUUGUAAUGAAACUGAUAUCAUUUGGUUUUAGGGAAAGUUUCGUAUGAUAUGCGUCAGCGAUCACCUGCCAAUAAGUCACGACGAUUCCGUUCUGUUGCCACUGUGCGAAAACAGCAAAGUCCUGUGGCUCCCGUUGCUCGUCAAAGGUCUAUUGCGCAUCUACGCGUUGGCCGAAAAGUUCGAACAGUUUAACACCAUAACGUGUCUAACCGGAUGGUCUUGUAUUCGAAAAAAUUGCCGGUAACGCGACGAAACUACAAUGUAUUAUAAUAUCGUACAUUUGUACGUAGGCUUAGUCAUGCGGUAAAUUUUUCUAGACAAGUUUCGAAAGAAGACUUAUGGCGAUCGAUUUUAUCGCACAACUCGUCCAAUCCUUUUACGGACAUGAAGAUUUCGGAUAGCCAAUUAAAGAAAAAAAAAUCCGCUCAACACGCCGAUUGUUUUACGAUAAAAACGACUGGAGGCGCGCCGCAAUGUUUUCGCGAUAAAAUAAUUUCGAACUACGAAGCGAAUCCGCCAAACUCGAUAAUUACAGCGUUCAUCCUGUCGCCGGCUAUCUGCAAAGUAAAACAAAUAAAGUGUAUAUAUGUUUUAUUAUUUAUUAAUUUACAUUAAAUACUGAGGUCUUGAAAAUAACAACGCGGCCUAACUAUGGAAUCGUUUGUUACGUCUUGGAACGUUUUUUUUUUUUUUUUUUUUGUUGUUUGCCGCAGUCUUCUUCUAUUUGUAUUGUAUUGAACUUGGGAAAUAUUGAAAAUACACUAUAGGCAAUAUUAAAUUAUCGAUACCUAAUAUUCUUUUCAGGAGAAAACAAAUGAUUCGCUGAACCGAUAUUCGCAACCAGUAUUUUUGAACGGCGUCAAGACGUUGAAAAAUAAACCGUUACCGACAUGGAAAAAACAUCGAUGGACAAAAUGGGCGGUGAAAAAUAAUAUGAUCAAGCGGCACGGUAUAUACAUACUGUUAUUAGUGUUAUUACAAUAAUAGUUUUAAACAGAAAUAAUGAUUGAAUUCUGGCAUCAUUAUUUCGGACCUUAAAAUUAAUACUUGAGGCCCUUAACAGCGAUAAAGUAAAAGUACGUAACUUUCGUUGAAAAACAAAUGAACAAAAAACAGUUAUUUAUUUAUUUAUUAUUUCUAAAACAACUUAAAUAACUAAAUUAAGUUAAAAUAAGCAACCAAGUUAUUAAUAUUAAAUUAUUUUCUAAUAUUUUCUAACAUUUUUAACUACGUAUUUAAGUUAAAAUUGUUCAAAAGUGUAAUUUAUAACUAAACUUUUAACGUUAUAACUACUGUUACUGCCAAGCAUUGUCUUGCUUCAAUCAUCAACUUCGGUGAUCGUUUCUCGUAAUUCCUUGUUAUAACAUAGCCUUUGUUCAGUCAAUGUAAUAUGAUCACAUCAUCCUUAUAAAAGCCGCUCUUGUCGACCGAGGUUUUUCCGUUGUUUAUAAUAUUUUUGAUCAAGACGUCUUUCCCUAUAGGUUAUUUUUUAUGUGAUUCUUAUAGGUACUUAUUAUAGAAACAAGAAGGAAAGACCCCAACUAAUAAAAAUCCGCUCAAAUUCGUUUUUUGUUUACGAUGAUUUAUUGUUUAAUACAGCAUAUAGGUAACGUUAAUUAGGCUAUAUGCCUACCCAACUAUUAUCUACCCACAUAAAUGGCGGUCCCGUGAUAUGGAAUAUGUCCGGCUCUCAUUUUUAUAUUUUCAAACAGUGCUGUUGAAAUAGAAUUUAAUUAAGCUCGUAUUGUCUAAACGUAAGUUUAUAUAAUUUGUAUAUUAUAGCAGUCAUUUUGGUUGACCCCGAAUAGUUUGAACGGAGGUGAAGGCGAAAAAGAAUAUUAUAACAAUAAUUUUUACUGAAUUUAUACCAAGUGAUCACGCCAUCAUGAUGGUAUAUACACAUUAUUAUAGGGGCCAUACAGCUCUGCAUCUGUACGUCGCUCGACAAUGACAAAUAAUUGAAAUGGAUUAAUUAUAUGAUUUAAAUUUUUUGUCAAAUACACAUUAUUUUUUUAAUUGGACUUUGAUGUUACUUACGUAGUACACACAUGUUCGUUUAAUUGAAUUGUUUUUAUACGUCGAUAAUAUGCGAAUACUGGCGGUUUAAAUGUUAUAUUAAUAAUAUUAUGCGAUAUCUAUGCCUAUUACAUAAUUUAGAUUGAGAGCGAAACUAGAAUUGUAUUGGUUUUACCGUAGUAGUUUUUUUUUUUUUUUUUUUUUGUACGUGUGUCUGUUGACAACUUUUUUUAUCGAAAAUCUUAACCCAAUGAAAAACUAUGUAUAAAUUUACUUGUUGUAUUUUUAAUCUACAGUCAGUGCAUACUGGUGUGUCAUUUUUUUGAUUUUCAUUGAUUUAUAUUAAUAUACACGAAAAAAAUCCAAUUUGUUUACAAAGUUCUUGUCGAUGUUUGGGUUACCAUAGUGCUACUGGUAUAGAGUUAUUGAUACCGGUAUUUCGGUAUAAAGAUUAAUACCAGUGUGAAUCGGUCUACUUAGGUAUUUUCGGUUAUUCGAUAAUGUCGUUGAUUCAGUUAUUCGGUGUUUUAACAUAAAACAAAAUUUAAAAAAAAAGAAAACACAGGUAAAUAAUAUCAUUAUUAUUUAAAUACAAUGUAUUAAUAUAUAUUGUUUUAUUACAAUAUUAAAGUUACCUAUUACGUUAUUAUAGCAGUGCUCGGAUUCUAUAGCAUUUGCUAUUUACUACUGUAUAUAGAUAAAAAUAACAGAAUGAACUUCACAUUUAUUUUAUGUAAUAGAAACUCCGAAUAUGAAAUUUUGUAUAUUAUUUUAUAUUUUUUAAACAAAUUAAAUACCGCACCUGACCUUGGACAUUUAAAAAAAAUAAUUCGUAAACUUUAACGUAAACGGCUACGACAUUAUAACAGAUAGCACUUCAAUCUACAACUUUAGAUUUAAAAAAUUAACACAAACAUACAAUCAAACUCGAUAAUCGUAUACACUCGAAAGAUAAAUCGAGAACGAGUUAAAACCACUUGAUAAAAAUGAUUUCUUAAACCCUAAAUAGAUCUACAAAUAAAUGUUGUGAAUAAAGAUUAUUCAUUCGGCUUAUUAGUAAACCGAAUAACCGAAACCACUGAAUAAUCGAAAUAACCAAAUACUCAAUUUUCGGUAUACCAGUAUUCCAAUAUAACGUAAAUACCGCCAGCCCUAGGUUAACAUGGAAAUAAGAUAAAUACGUCUUUAAUACUCUGCUCAGAAUCGUUUUUCGUUAACAAUUGUUUAUCGUUGUGUACAGAUUUUAUAUAAUUACACUAUUAUAGAUUUCACCAUCUAUUAUUAUAGAAUUUAUAGGUAGUGGUUUCAUUCCUAAUAAAAGUAACACAAAAUAAUGGAAAUGUAAUAUUUGAGAGCUGCUUGUUUCUUAAAUUUUCUGAACAUUCAGAAAAAACGAUUUAACGAGUGUCUUCUCGAGGAUCGAUUACUCUAAAAUAUAACCUGAGGUUAUUUAAUUUUAUUCUUAAUACAAUAAUCAUAAAAAAAAAUUAUAAUAAUAACUAUUAUCAAAAUACAAAUUAAUUUAUUAAAAAUAUUGAUUAUAUUAUUUAAGUAUUUCAAGAAAUACAGUAUUUUUCUUUUUCGCCUUCAUCCCAACUAUUUAAUGGUCAGCGACCCGCGUUCUAAACUUCCAUUUGACCCGAUCCCUCACCUCGCAUACACCAGCUACCCUCAUAUUCACAAUCGCAUUCACACGCCUCUUUUCAGUAUUCCUCUCCUCCUACGUUUAUUUUCAUUACUCAUUAUCAUGGCAUGCCAAAACCAUCUUAGUCUAUUUUCUCUAGUUUUAUCUACUAUCAAUGCUACAUCUAAGGGCAGUUUAAGUGUCUAAGCUACCAUUUAUGUACUCAUUCCUUAUCCUAUCUUCUCUUGUCACUCCAUUCAUCUACCUAAGCAUUCUCAUCUCUGCAACACUUAAUAUCUGUUUUGUACUAAUAUGUAAAAAAAACUUUUUUUAAUAGAUUCUACAAGUUAUGAAAUUUAAACAUUUCUUCACUUUUGUCAAAAUAUCUAGACUCUAGAGCCAUAUUUAAAAAAGAGUGUUGUUUUCGUUUUUUAAUAAUUUCGAACAUAUGGCAUUCAAACACAUUAUUUUCGAACACAUGAUACGCUACCGCUAUACACUCUUUCUCUGUUUUCUUUUCCUGUCUACCACCCACCACUCGAAACUAUACAAAGUAGACUGUCUCACCUCUCAUCGAUAUAGAAUUUAUACCUUUAAAUCUUAUUGGAAUUCUCUUAUCACAUAAAUUACUUGACGCCACUAGAGUACUCACUUAUUAUCCACUUAACACCUACUUUAAGAAUACAACUUUAAAAAAAAAAUUGUUUUUCAUGAACAUAUGUCGAUAAUCGAUAAAAAAAAAAAAAAAAAAGAAGAAACCUAUCAUUUUAUAAAACUCAAUUGAAAAUUCCAAAUCUAUAUUGUUCAAACAAUGAGAAAGUUGUCUAAAUAAUUAUUGUAGACCGUAGUGCUUAAAAAUCAAAGAUAAAUAUAUCAUACGUGUAAAUAUUUAUAUGUUUUUAUUUGUAUUAAAAUUUAUUUUCUUUCGUUUACCGUUAUUAGAACUUGGCGAUUUAAUGAAAUUAGUAAAUAUCUAUGCUCCGUGCUGUACCACAUUAAAACCGACGUGUCAUUUGAUGGAAGUCCUGAACGAGUACAAAUCACAAGAAGACGAAAUGCAGUACGAACUCGAUAUUUCGUACUUAAAACCGUUUACCACGUACGAAAAACUAUAAUAUAAUAUGCAGAUGAGUUUCUCGUUUUUUUAUCGCGUAAAUAAUUCCUUUUUAGACACGUCGAGUUGUACAUCAAAAGUUUACAAUCCUUUCCGUAUGUAAAGUCGAUAGUUCUACAAAAUGAAGACACUUCGUUAGGCUCGUUCGUUACGAGUUCUACAGACAACAAUUACAACAACCACGUCUAUUUGCGUAUCCUUUUAGAUUCUAAACGAAUCGAGAAAUUUAUUGAUUUUACUAUAAUGUGUGUGUGUUUGUAGUUUUCAUUAUAAUUAGAAAAACCGUAGGAAAAACUAGAAAGUUUACAGAAAUAACGGUUACAUUAUUUGUUUUUUUUGUUGUAAUUCACCUAGUUAUUUAUAAGUAUUUGUUUUAGUCUUUAUUUCGUUUAGUGGAGAUAAAAUUAUUUGGCUGUUCAGAAGUGCUUGAAAAUUUAAUACGAGGUUGGUUAUCAUAAGUCGUAUUUGAUGUUUAAAAAAAAAAAAAAUAUAAAGAUCAAAUAUUUCAAAUUCACGAUAUUAUCCCAUAAUUACAUAAACGGUAUUAAAAAAUAUGUUUAUAAAGUGAUAUUAAUGUUAAAACGGUAUUUUAAAACAAUUUAAAACUAUGCUACUUUUUACUCUGAAAUAAAGUGUUUGAUUAAUGUUUAAGAUGGGUUCAUUUACCAUAAACCUGUUUAAGUUUUAGUGUAAAAAUAAUAUUGUUUAUCAUCGUUGAAAAAUAUUAUUCAACAAAUAUUGUAGACAAAACUAAAAAUUUCAUCAAAACGCAUUAUUUUAAGAACCUUGCAAUGAAAAAUACAAUUAUUUUAAAAAAAACGUUUAUGUUCUUAUAAGGUACAACAAAUGUUUAACCGAAAUUCGCUCAUAAUCCUACUUCUUUGGCAAUUACUUAUCGUUGCGAACAGAUACAAAUUAAAUAAUAUCAAAUCUUUUUUAGGUUCUGGUCGGAACGAGGAAUGUAUGUUACAAUGAGGUUUUUUUUUUUAUCUGUGAACAACUUUUCUACCAGCAAUUUUUUUUUCAUUCCUUCGUUAACUGACGUAGAAAACCGUCUAUAUAAACUAAAUAAUUAGGGUUAUUUUUUUUCAACUAACGGACGACAGUCGAAUAAGUUACCGGUAGUUACCGGGGGUAAUUACCGGGCCCGUAAAUACCCCGAUGUAUACAUAUUCCUUAAACAUCCGAAUCUUCAGAUUUCGAAUCUGCUUACUGCGAGUCACUGCUGUUCACUCUAUCAGUUUGCAAAGAUUAUAUGAUCCACGAAGGUUACUGCGUUAACGAACCGGCCUCGAUGACGUCGCACCUCAAUACCGUUGAUAAUAUUUGCCCGUACGUAUACGUCGAGAAAUUCUUCUGGUACGAGACUGCGAACAUUCAUCAGACGCCGCUGUUAUAUAUUCGCACUAGAGGAACGUCUAACGACGUGUUGAAAUUAGAACCCGGGUGAGUCCGUUCGCACGUGUGAAAUUUGCAUUUUCGGCACGUGGAUAUAACUAAUAAUAUUUAUUAAUGUUCAGGGUUCGGGACUUGUUUAGAUUUUCAACAAAGCGUGAAAUUUGUUGGUUUUACUGUAAUAUGUUUUGUGUGUGUAUGUUAGUGACGUAUUUAUAGGGGGGGGGGAUAUAGGGAAUAGAUCCCUUCUAUUGUUUGUUUUUUUUUUAGACCAGGUAUAAACUGCAGUACAGUUAUUGUUACUUAUUAUUUUGUUAUUCUGUGGGCUUUGAAUGACAUUAUUACACAAUAGGCACGAAUAGUGUGACGUCACGUUAACGAUUAAUAAGGACGACGGUUCAAAACAAACUGUUAUCAUGGUACACCCCAUAAGAAAUACUUGGGCAUAAAAUUAACAUUUUUAAAGUUGAUUUUUUUGGUGUUUAUAUUUUUUUUCUUAAAGUGUGCUCACUAUUGACACACAUAUAAUUCACAAGUUUAUAUAUAUAUAUAUAUAUAUCGUUAAUACAAACAAUUUUUAAUAUUUUGUAUCAUACACAUACACCAAUCAUUCAGUUAAUAGUAAGUGUUAAAUGAGUAGAAAUUACCCCUCAUUAGACAAUUUGCUAAUGUUGGAAAACAAUUUUAUUCCAGGUAAAAAAAUAUGACUCCAAACAGUAUCAUCAAGCUUUCGUGCAUCAUUAAUUUUAUUGAUGAACAAAAAAUUAUUUUCCAAAGGAGAAAAUUCUUUUGAAUGUGGUCACGAGCUUUAAUUAUAACGGAACCCAAUAUUGAACCAUUUUGCAUUAUGACAACAAUUACUUGACAAAUUUUAAUUUGGAUUAAAUAUUAUUUAAAAAUUUUCAAACUCUUCAAAAGAAAAACCAGUAAUACUAAGUUGACAAACGGAAGACUGAAACAAAUCAAUGUGCAAGCAGACGGGAUGGUUAAAAAAUCAAUUUUUUUUAAAUAUUUUUUCUACCUUUGUAUAUCUUAUGGAAUGAACCGUGAUAAUAGUUUGUUUUAAACCGUCAGUCCCAACAAUAGACAAUGUGACGUCAAUACUAUUUAAGUACUUUUAAGGCGAAAAUCUUCAUUUUGUACAUACGAAUACUCUGAAUACUCGUGUCGUAAGGAUAUUUGGAGCGAAAAAACUUUAUAAAAACAAUAUCUAUGUAUAAUAUUAUUUUACAAACAACGUGUGUGUGUGUGUAUGUGUGUAUGUGUUUAUAUGUGUAUGUGUGUACCACAAACAAUUAUUCUACCAAAAAUCCUGCUCCGACCAAAAAUUGUAUGGGAACUUUCAGGUGCACUAUGAAGGUCGAUUUUUGAUUUUCCUUGUUGUUUUCUUAAUAAAUGGGAUAAGUAGUAGUUAAGUAGGUUUAGGAAAAAUGUUUUUUUUUAGUUUUUUUUUUUUAAAUUCUUAUUACAGCACUAAAUAAUUUUUUAAGCGCUUUUUUGUUGAUUUUAUGUGCUAUCGGUCUCGAGCUCUAAUUACUAUUAUCAUCAUUAUAUUUUCGUCAUCGCCAUAACAAACCCCAACAGAAUUAACUUUUUGAGAGUGUGGGGCGAACUGCCGGCCAAAUAUUCACUGAUGGUCGAAUCGACGACCGACUUCUCCAUCUAUCAGACGGUACAAACUGUUUUUGAAAAACUCGUCGAUCAACCCAAAUCUGUGACGUCUUUUAUCAGUGAGUCGGUUUUCCAAGCAUUUCUCAAUCGAAUAAAAUAGACAUUAAUAUUCUAGUCACUUGAUUCUACGUACUAUUACUGUGUCUUACCUGCAUUUUUAUAGUGAAUAUAAAACAAGCAUUCACACAAUUGUUUGCCGUGGAACCAAAUACCGUCGAUCACGGACAAAAGUUGCAGAAAUUAUAUUCUUCGUUUAUGCCCCUAUCUGCCACCAAUGAAAACGAACUGCAAACAACUGAACGAUAUCCAAUCGUUUCCAAAGUACGGGAUACAUUAUAAACACAUCUAAUGCAUUUAUGCUAUAGAGAUUUAAAAAAAAAAAAAAAUAAAUUCAAUUAAAUACUUAAUAUAAAUUCUUAGCUUGUCCAAAGAACCGUUGUAGAAUGUGUAAUGAAUAACUUGCUGAACGAUUCGCUCAAUAUAGCAGAGAUGUACACGGAAUUACAAGAAUUAUUUCAAACCAAGUCAAUUGCCGGACAAGAAAAAAUAUUAGAAAUGAUUGAAAUUUACGAAAAAAUUGAAGCUGAAAAAUUAUCAGCAUCCCAGCAAGAAGAACAAAAUAAACACCACGAAGAUGUUAACAAAGCUGAUAAUAUGAAUAAAAAAAAAUCGACCGCUGCAUCAAGAAAAAGUAUUAAAUCUCAAAAGUCCGCUCAUGGUAAACCUUCCGUGUAAGUAUAAUAUAUAAAAGUCGGUUAGAACAACAUAGACACUUUUAAAAUAAUAUGAUGAUAUAAUAACAGCAAUGUUUCUUAAAGGUCACCUGCGACAUCAUCUGUAGUGCCCUCAACAAAAAUCGUUAAAAAUGCAAUGUUAAAAUCAUUACUCGAUAAUACGUUUGAAGUGAUAUGGUAAUCAUUUUAAUACUAUGGUUCUUUUGGUUCGGAUCCGACAUCAUUUAUUUAGUUUUUUUUUUUUUUUAUAUAGUAUAAAAAUACAUUUUACAAUAUUUUAUUAUGCAUCUUUUAUGCACAAUGCGUUAAUGUGUAUUAUAGGGACGUGUUAAACUCCGACAAGAUUGAUUUGGACGAAUAUCAUUUUAAAAAUGAUUUAUUAAAGUGUUCUGGUUAUGUUUUUCACAUCGAGAAUACCAUCAAAGAUAUCGAUCCAUUGUUGUUGUUGUUGUUUCGACUAGAGCUCAAUACGCAUUCUACGUCUGUAAGUGUGUAUUUAGAUUAUUACCUUUACAACUACAACAAAACCAUGGUUGGAACGUAUAAUACAUCAGCGUAUAAAACAUCUAUUAUAAGUUUAUGUAUGUAUAAAAACAUAAUUAUUUUUACACGUUUUAUACUGUAAACAAAUUUUUAUGUUCGUUUUUUUUAUGGUCACACUGAACAGCAGCUAUCGGGUAUAAUUAAUUUGAUAGUUGUUAAUAAGUUUAUCUUUUUUAACAAUCGUUAAUUACAUUAAUAUUUAAAAUUAAAAUUUGUUUUAUAUCAGUUUUAAAUUCGAAUAAAUUCAACAAGAUGGAUGCAAUAUGUAUUAUAGUGUUUAUGUUUAACAUUAAUGUGUAGCUGAAACAGUUUUGUUUUACAAUGAAGGGUUUACUAUUUUAUUUAUUUACUAUUUUUUAGCAGAACUAAAAUAUAUGUAAACAGUAAACACUUUAAUAUUAAAACAUAAUUUAAAAUACCUAAAAUACAUAAAAAAAAAAAAAAAAAUUAUAAAACAAAUUUGAUGGACAUUGAUUAAAAUAAAUACAGGUAGUGAAUAUAGAAUAAUAAUGCAUUUCAUAGAAAACAAAAACGUAUUCGUGUGUCGUUUAGUCGUUUAUUAUAGUUGUAUACGUUUCAUACGUGGUGUAUUAUAUGUAUAACGUAUAAAACGUUUUAAACUCGUACAUUACCAACCCUAAACAAAACUAUAGUACCUAACUAAGUACCUAUUUGUAUUUAUAGUAUUGUUAUUCGUUUGAUAUAAUAGUUUAUCUGGUAUCUAUAGAUAAUUUAAUGAACCACAAUAACACGCGUGGAAAAAUCGUAAUAAUUACAUUAUACUUCUCUUUGAGCUGAACGGCGUAGUGUUAUGGUGCAUCUAUAUUAAACUAACAAUUUUAAGGAGUAUAAUAAUCCCUUAAAUAAGGAGUGACGGCCUCCACAACUAAUAUAUAGGAUCGGCGUCAUUGAAUACGAUGUCUGGCUAUUAAAUAACGAGACUGCUUAUGACAAAUGGUUUUAUUUUAAAAAUUAUUCCACAACCAAAUGUUCCCCUUCAAUAUACUCUCCUCCCCUCUUCACACACCGUUUCAUUCGUUUCUUCCGUUGCUCGAGGCAGUGCUGGAAGUCUGUUUUCGUAAGACCAUUCAGGAGUUCCGCCGAUUUUUGUUUCACCUCUUCCAUCGACUCAAACCGGAUUCCUUUUAAGGCACACUUUAUCUUCGGAAACAAGUUAAAGUCGCAGGGUGCCAAGUCCGAUGAGUAAGACGCGUGUUCGAGUACUGGAGUGCCUUAAGCGGCCAAAUAACGCUUCACAGACAGCGCGUUAUGGGCAGGUGCGUUAUCCUGGUGCAAGAUCCACGACUUGUUUUUCCACAAUAUCGACCGUUUCUUACGAACUCAUUCGCGCAAUGUUGCCAAAACUGUCAAAUAGUAAUGUUGGUUCACAGUUUGACCCUCUGGAACCCAUUCAGUCAUCACGAUGCCGUUAAUAUCGAAGAAAACGAUCAGCAUGGUUUUGAAUUUAGAUUACGACUGAAUUGGAUUCCGGUGCACUCUCGACCUUCAGAAAAUAAUGUAUGCCACUCAAAAACACGCGCCCGAGAUAGGAAAUCCUCACUAUAGGCCUCUUUUAACAACUUAUAGCACUCAGUUGGAGUUUUUUUUUAGUUUAACGAGAAAAUUUUACGUUUAUCCGUUGCUCAUGUUUUUCGUCACACAUCGUUUUCGGCAAGAGAAAAAAACAUGUUCGUUUCUAAACGCUACAGAAAAAAUACUAAUGCACCAACAAACACCUAAUUUUGUACUGGCAUAAUAGACACUUUCAGCUAACCAGCGCUGUAUUCGGUUUUCCCCUAACCUUUUUGGGACGCUCUCUGCGCGCGUAGUCUCGUCAUUUAAUAGCCAAACCUCGUAUGUGUAUGCGUGGAAAUUUAUCGUAGGAUAUUUUAAUAAAAAUGAUAAAGUACAGAAACAUCUACAGUAGCCUUAAUAGACACGCUUCUGAUUCUCCUGUGCUCGGGUUGUGUGAGGAUUUGUGCAAUUUUACUAGAGCUGCUUCUUAAGAAAGAAAAAUUCACGUCGUUACUGAAUAAAUCAAAACUAUAAUAUUCUAAAUUUAUUUAGUCGAUUCAAAGAAGCGAGAACAGUUGCGGUAUUUAUUAAUAUAAAAUUUACAACUUAAUACUAAUCGUCUGUGUAGACGCACAUUAAUAUAUAAUGAUGAUUGUCUACAGCAACAGAAUUAUGAAACUGAAUUUUUUAUAUAUACAGAUCGGUUUGUAAAAAUAUUAUUUUUUGUUUUUUAGUUUUUGUGUUUUGUUUUAUUUUAGGAACUGGUACCAACGGUCAUUCAAUGUUCUAGUAAAAAUAACGACAUUGUUAAUUUAAUGUUGAUCGACAAUAACUCGAAACUAGAAGUGAGACCGUUGGACGACGUGAAUACGUUUCUCGUCAAAAGGACCGCAAAAGGAUACACGCUGUUAGGUUGGUCGUUAGAAAAAAAGUCAGACGAUAAACGCAAUCAAUAUCGACUGUCGUUUUUCGGACGGCCAUACCAGAUAUUGCACUCUUGUGGAAUACGAAACAGCAAUAACAAUAUCCCCAAGUUGUACAACGGCGUGGUGUGCAAUACCUUGCACGCGCCUGAAUUCAUUACCAUAAACGUGAAAAACCGAUUUCUCAUGCCCAAUAAUGAUCAUUUAUUAGCCAGGUAAGUAGUGCAGCGCGCGUUACAUUAAAUUACGUAUAGGUGUCAAAACUGAAGAUUAUAAAUUAUAUUACCCAGGCGUGUAUAACACACGGACUGAUCCACGUAUUAGGUCCCAGAGAAGAAUUAGCCUUAUUUUAAUAAGACAUGUGCGUACGCAUACCCGAACUGAAAAUUCAAAUAACUUAAAUCACUAUGUGGUGUACUUUUUGUUCAACGAAAAUGCACAAGUCACUAUGAAUUAUAUAGGUAUGACUUGGGACAUUUAUAACGCCACAUUCAGAUUAGGUCAUUUGGUAAUAUUAUGCAAUCACGUCAUUUGGAAACGUUCGAAAUAUAAUUCACUCGUACAGAAAGCUAUACGAAAUUUACUGUCAUUCUUGUGCCACUUGAGCCAUUCUUCGCUGGACCCAAACAUACAUUAUAGGUCCGUUGGAUCCGUUUGAUUUUUGUCCACAGAGUAUUUUUGAACGUCGAAAAUCCAGCUCUGUACACGGUUUACUGCCAUCUAGAAAACAUAGACCAUUUACCAAUGGAAAUCCGGAUAGUAGACAAACGAAAUAGUUCCACCGUAUUCGCAUCGGCUCGCGUGCACGGAAGAACUGCAAUAAUUCCGAUCGUGUUUUUAGAUCCGAACAACUACGACAUGCGUAAGUCGCUCGUAUUAUUACAAGUUAAUAAAAUAAUAUUUUCGUUAAAAACUAUUUUAAUAAUGUAGGUAUAUCUCAAAGCAAAAUAAUUUAGCCACCAGUCCGCCAUUGUAUACUGAGUGUCCCCACAAUGAUCAACCACUUGAAGUGACUUUUGUUCUCUUCAAUACUUUUUAAAAUAACCAGUAUGCUCCUAUACUAGAGAUAAUAUAUAUAUAUAUAUAUAUAUAUAUAUACACAUAUUUUUUUUUUUUGUGGGGGAGAUUAAAGUAGAAAAUUUAAAUUAAAAAAAAUUUAAAAUGGCCAUUUUGUAAAGUAGAUUUUUAGAAAAAUGUUGGUGGUUGAAACUUUUGUUUAGGUAUGGUUUUAUAUUUUCUAUAAUUGAUUGAAGUUUUUGUAAAUGUGAAUAUUAUUGUGGUCUAUAAUCUAUUACAAUAUUAUUUAAUCAGCAGAGUCAGAGCACAUCAGACUUUUCUUUUACAUAAGUUAAUAUCAUACGAUAAUACUAUUGACUACUGCAGAUUAAAUAUCUGACAACCAUCAGCAGUAACAGAUCUUUUUUUCAGAAACAAAUGCUAUUGACAAUACCGAAAUAUCGACAAAUGUAUUCGUAAUCGAAGUAUUAUUAAUCAGGAAUAUUCAAAUCGAAAAUAUGGUUACUCAUGAACCGGUGAGCGAUUACGAUUGGACAAUUUCGUGCUCUUACGAUCAAAAAGUAAACAUAUUUUAAUUGCAUAAUAUUACAUCAUCAUCAUGGAUAUUAGGCCGUCUCUGUCGUGUAUAACAAAAAUGUGUUCGCGUAAAACAAAUAAAGAUGCCUUGUUAAAAUCCGUUUUAGAGAUAGACAUAACUAACACAAUAUCGUUUGUAGAUGAAAUAAUUUUGAAGACAAGCUUACCGGCGUUGUUGAGAUAAUAAUGCAUUAUAAAUUAACAAAGUUUACGGUUAUUCGUAAUGGAAAAUACCAUUUUUUAUUUAUUUUUUUUUUUUUUUUUUUUUGGAUUUUCGAUAGUGAGUUGCAUAUUUAUAGAAUUGUAGGACGUUGUCAUCUACGCGUUUUAUUAAAAGUGUUAUGUCGUUAAAACCGAUUUUAAAAGCAUUAUUUUGUUUUACGUGAAUGUUAUAGUUCCGGUUUUUAUUCUUUCCUGUUAAGAAGAUUAUUAGGUGUAGGUACCAUAAUAUUGAUUCCGAUAAUGUUUAGAUCACAGAUAUCACACUUGAAACGGACACAACCAUGAGCGAUUUCCGAUUCAUCAGUUCCAUACCGCAUCAAAAUGUUAUAAUCACACAAUUAUCAAAAAGUAAAAUAUAAUAAUAUUCCUGCAGCAGGUUCCAUAUUUGACUGUUCUGCUGUUUUAUUUAAUGCGAUCGUAAUUUGUUAAUAUAUAAUAUAGAAUCUAAUGCUAUUAACGAUGCAGUGGCUAGUGACGAAAAUGACAUUAUAGCUCGGCCGGAUUUCGAACAAUUAAUGGAGUCUAUGAUGAUGGACAAACGAGUGCGUAUUUAACGAUACUCGAAUACAAUCUACAAUAAUAUAAUAUACAGUGAACUGCAGUUGAUAAUAUUUGUUGAUAAUCGUUGUUGUUUGCAUAAUUAGAAGCUAUUGGAACGAGAAAUCGCGGAUAUCGACUCGGCGGUAACUCCUGUGCCGUCACUAAUCGAAGAAGAAAACGAAAUAAAGAUUAUAACGGAACAGCUGGCCGACAGACAAAAUAAUACCGUGAACGCGAUCUUAAAAGAAGAUGACGCAAAUGAAAACCAUCAAGUAUAAAAACCUAAUAUCGAAGUAUUGCGUUCGUUUAUUUUGACGUACUUAACAAACUACGAUUUUUACGCAGGUUUUAAUGGACAAAAUAUUCAGUCAGAAUAUAUUUAAACGUCCUAAUACUAACACGAAUACUACCCAUGCCAAAUCGACCAUCGGCGUACGGGCAUCGCGGGCGCAGAAAAAAAAAGUAUAA